AUGUUUGAUGGAUUAGUAAGGAACGGAAAUAUGGAGUUGGAAGGAAAACAAGGUGGUGGAAGAGAUCCUAAAGAGAUAUUGAUAGUUGAACAGGGAGACACUAAAAUAUGUAGUGAGAGAGGAGUUGAACCUGGAGAAGAUGAGGCUAGAAACAAUAGAAAAGCGAUGAAGUACGAAAGACUUAUUGUUAGUGUUGCCAGCUGUCACAAAGUUUUUACAAAACAACUUCAAAUGCAUCCUUACAAAGUCACUAUAGUGCAUCGAUUACAAGCACUUGAUUACGACAGACGAGUCACCAAAUUAGAAACGUUAGUUUUAUUUUUUAUAACAAUCUGGUUUAUACUGUCGAUAUCUCUUCCAAUAGCAAUAAUAACUCAAUUAUGUUUCUCGAAAACUUCGACCACGUCAACCGGAAAUGAUGGAUCACAACAGCAUCAUCGACUUCUCGCCUUAUUUCUUUAUACGACGUUAACGAUCUUGGUGACAUGUAUAUUGCUAAUGCUCGCCUCGAAUGAUAAAUUAACGAAAUCCGUUGAAAAACUUCCGUAUACAACGGGAUUGAUCGUUACGGAUCUCGAAACGUUCGUUGAAAAUACACAUUUACAAAUGAAUUUUGCUACUGGGGUUGCGUUUGAAAAGGUUUUUGAUCGGAUUGAACAAGAUUUAAAAGAUGUUGAUAAAUUAUUGGGAGAAGAUUUUUUAAACGAUCUCGAAGUAGAAACAAAUUUAAAAAGUACAAUCGAGGGUUUGGUGGAUUUAAAAACGAGAAGCGCAGGUAUUUCCGUAAGAGUUUCGGAAUUGGCGUGGGAGUGUUCCUUAGCGAGGAAGUCGACGAAAGCUUUACAGGAAGCGCUGGACGAACUUUCCGCGCAGAUAAAUUCCGCCAGAAAGUUUUGCCACCAAAAAGACAGAUCCUUGUGUGAAACAAUUCACCCCACGGGACUUAGUUUAACUUUAAACGUGGAAGAGAUUAUAGCGGACCCGAUGUUGAGUUACUUUGAAAGGAUGCGUCACAACAGCGAUUUCAACGCCACCAUUGAGGCAACGGUGAAAACUUAUGACGACGUUUUAAAAACCGUUGUUGUCGAAACUGGCUCAGAGAGGGCGGCUGCUUAUGAUUGCUUACAAAAACAUCGGAGGAUUGUUUACGGUUCUUUAAGGUCUUUGGAGGAAUUAUCAACGUUUUUAAUUAAUAAUCUAAAAGAAAAAUCGAAAAAAUUAAUUGAUUGGCUCGAUGUGGUGGUUGAAAAGGAAUUGUGGAGGAAUAUUUCAAUUUUAGGUAUAUCCUUUUUAAUCGUGAUAAUUUGGACUGCUUUUUUAUGCGGAUCACCAUGCGAAUGCUCAGUUUUAACGAAAACCGGGCCUAUUUUAUCAUUCGGAAUCACCCUGUUAAGUUUUACCAUAUUAAUUUUAUGGUUUUUUGGUUCAAUAACAUUUUUAAUUGGUGGCCACGGCCAAAAUUUUAUUUGCAACAGCUUCUACGAUGAUCAUUACGACGUUUUAACGAAGAUUUUUGAUGAAAACGGUUUGAUUUACGACCAAGGUUUUUUCAAAGAGAUCCUUAACUCAAAUGAAACCUUAAAAAUUGAAAACAUUUUAAAGGGUUGCGAAAAAAAUCAAUCAUCCUACACCACGUUUCAUUUAGAAAAUCGUCUCGAUUUAACCAAAAUUUUUAAUUUCAAAACGUGGGGUGAUUUCAAAUCGGUUUUGGAAACUUUAACCUUCGACACAAACAAAAUUAAGUUCAAAUCGAACGAUUUAGAAACAAUCUUGAAAGAAUUUAAUCAAUUUGAAAAUCUAAAACGAUUAAGAAGUAAAGUUUCGCUUCCGGUUACUCAUCGGGAAUUAUUCACGUUUAAACAACAAAUUUUUUCGGUCGUUAAACAAAUCGAAAAUACAAAAACGGCGAAUAAUUUCGAAGCGAUUCUCUUAAAACUCGAAGAAAUUAUCCAAAAAGAAUACCAAGUUGUAAAUAAUUUCCGAGAUAAUGUUUUGUAUAAAUUAACAUCGAUUGAAAUUCUUUACGAGCCACUUCGAGAGAAAUCGAAAAUAUUUUUGAGUGCUUUAGAUAGAAUCGAGGAUGUUUUAAAUGAGAAAGGUGUCGAGAUUAUCGAGAAAAAUGUGAAAAAAUAUAAAUUUCGAUUUGAAAAGUAUCUAAAUGAAUUACACAGAUUUUCGAACGAACAAGUACGGAGGAAAACGGCUCGAUGUCGCCCAUUUUGGGAUAUUUUUGAUUUUGUAAGGAUUCAAACUUGCUCGAAUUUAAUCGAUUCUUUGAAUGCUUUAUCAUGUUCAUUUUUCUUCAUUACGAUUUUAUUUAUUGUUAUUACUCCUGCGAUUAUUCAUCUAAUUAAGAAAUAUAAUAAGAUUAUUGAAGCUGAGUAUCUUCAAAGAAGUACUUAUAGAAGAUACUCAACUUCAAGUAACCCAGAAGAUACAGUCUGGGUUACUCCCGAAUCCAGCUCAUCUGAUCAACGAUACAUCGAGGAUAGAAGUUCAGCCUCGAUUAUACCGAUUCCUCCAAGUCCUCCAAGACCUCCAUCUCUGCCAAAAUUACAACAUGAUAGUAUAACAACUUCGACGGUAUCUUCUACUUCAACGAGUGAAGAUGUUAAAAAACAAAUUCCAAAGAAAACGAUGACAAAUAUGUUUGCAAAGAGACGGUUAAAACCGAAGCAGAAACAAACUUUAAGUAGGUAUGAUUCGCUGAAACAAAUUGAAAAAACUUCUAAAUCACCCAGACCUGGACAAGGACUUGCACCGAGAGGGUGGCUUUAAAUGCUG